AUGUCCUCCCAUUUACACGAUAUCAUUGUGGCCUGGGGUUCAAACGAGCUAGCCGGCGCCGUGGCGACCAGUUUUUUUACGAAGCCGGAGCUAAGUGAAGUCUUGCUCCUCGCGACAUGCCGUUUUGAUAACUUCCCGAUACCAUGGCAAUCAGUUUAUAAAGAGCCGGACGUGGUAUUCGUCUACGGGCCUAUGAACCUUCCCACAGUUCUGGUCGAGGUGGGCUAUUCGCAAUCAUGGCCAAGCUUACUCCAAGACAAAGAUUUGUGGUUUCAGGCUGUACCUACUGUGAACGUGGUCAUUCUUGUAAAGUGGAAUAGGCGUACUAAUGGUAGGGUGGCCGGCUAUCUGGAGCUGUUUCGCCGCAGAUCCCCCACCCCCAGUCACAUUGAUAUUUUUCCUAUACCAACACCACCCGCCCCCCAGACCCUCACUUUCCGCCGUGAUGACUUUUAUCCACCAGGGGCAACGCUUCCCGCCGGGAGAUCCCCAAAUGAUUUGUGGCAAUGGGAUAUUGAUAACUUGCGGAUGAUGUCUACUCGGGCAAUGAGUGUUGAUGGUGCGGUGCCAGCAUAA